GUAACUUAUGAAUAUUUUGUAUAAUAAGCUAUUAGAUAAACACAUUUUACCCAUGAGAAACACCGCACAAGACCUACUCUUGAUUUAUAAGUAUGAAUGAAUAUAGUUUCCCAAGAAAUUCAAUGUUUUCAUGGUUUAUUGCUUACAUUUCAUCCAUCGUUGAAGUCCGAGCCUGCAUGAAUAGUACACUUUUUUAUUUUAAUUUUUUUUUAAUUACAGCAAUCAACAGGUUGAAAGAGCCCUGAUGAUCCUCUAAGAAAUAUCUUAACCUAACUUGUUGAAGCUUGCAGAGAAUGCGCCUUUUUAUUACAUCCCACGUAACAUUACAGUAGAGGAGUUCGAUAUGUUGAUUGAACACACGAGCCAUGCUUGCAACGGGCUCAUGAAUUUUUUGGGAACACAUUGUAAUCGGAUAUCGGAUAAUAUAAUGCUAUUGCGACUGUCAAUCGUAGCCGCUAUGGCAUUGAUCAUGGUUAAUCGCACUUCUGCACAGGAUAACUUAGACCCUCUGUUCGAGUCAAUCUUCGAAGCCCCCACUCCAUCUCCUGUAUAUCCAUGUACCGGACAGUGUGUAUCGUAUUACCUCUGCAAGAGCAACGAGAUUAUUACAGAUGGUAUUGGUAUAAUUGACAUUCGAGUGGGCGAGGAUACCAGUGUUGAAAACGAAUGCCCCAGCUAUUUGGAAACAUGUUGCGAAAAGAAGGAUGUAAUAACUGGACCACCACUAACUCCUGCCCCGCCUGUGCUAUCUGAUUACACCUGUGGAAAACGUAAUGUUGAUGGAUUAGACUUUAAAGUCACCGGCAAUAAUAAUGGCGAAUCUGAAUAUGGUGAAUUCCCAUGGAUGUUGGCGGUGCUACGUGAAGAAAACAUCAUGGACAGUAGUUUGAACAACUACGAAUGCGGGAGUUCCUUGAUCGCGCCGAAUGCUGCGGUCAGUGCUGCCCAUUGCGUUGCAACAAAAUCGAAAGAUACGUUGAUUGUGCGAGCAGGAGAAUGGGAUACUCAAACGAAGAAUGAACGUUACCCUCAUCAAGACCGCCGAGUGCGUGAAAUCGUUAUACAUGACAAGUACAACAAGGGUUCACUGGCCAAUGAUAUUGCUUUGCUAAUUCUAGAACAACCUUUCGAUCUAGCGGAAAAUGUCCAACCUGUGUGUCUGCCACCAAAGCAUACUAAAUUCGACGGAAACAAUUGUUUCGCCUCCGGUUGGGGUAAAAAUGUUUUCGGCAAGGAAGGCAAAUAUCAGGUCAUCUUGAAGAAGGUUCAACUGCCGGUGGUUCCACAUGACCAGUGUCAGACUGCGUUGCGCAAGACUAGGUUAGGAAAACGCUUCCGCCUGGAUUCUAGUUUCACGUGUGCUGGUGGCAUUGCUGGCCAAGACACCUGUCGUGGUGAUGGAGGAUCUCCACUGGUUUGUCCUAUUCCUGGUGUCGGAACACACUACUAUCAAGCUGGUAUCGUAGCAUGGGGUAUAGGAUGCGGUGAACAAGGCGUUCCUGGAGUUUAUGUUAAUGUUCCUAUGUUCAGGGAUUGGAUUGAUUUACAACUCACACAACGUCAUGUGGAGGCGAAACACUAUACUUACACUUAACGACGUUUGUGUCUACACUGAUAUUAAAAUUACAUAAUAAAAAAACGAAAUCGUUGCUG